UCCAUUACACUUAAAAUACCAUGGCGACGCCUUCGCCGACAUUGUCUCCUCCGUCCGAUUCAAGCCCUAGUUUGGCCGCUACUUCGCGGCAGAAAAAUCCACGACACUCUACCUUCUCUCAAUCGCAAAACACCCUCGUGGCCUUAGCCGCAUCGACCUCCUCCGCCGUGGCCAGAAAAACCCAACCGGUGCUAUGGACUCAAGACGAGACUCUCCUCCUAAUCGAAUCCCACAAGGAUAAAUGUUACGCCCUUGGUCGCGGCCCCCUGAAAUCAAGUCACUGGGAAGAGAUCGCCGUGGCCGUCUCCGCUCGCUCCUCCGACGUCGACCGGUCAGCAACGCAGUGUCGGCACAAGAUGGAGAAGCUGCGGAAAAGAUUCCGAGCGGAGAGGCAGAGCAUGGGACCGAUCUCGAUAUGGCCUUUCUAUUCUCAAAUGGAGGAGUUAGAUAACAGUAACAAUCCAGCUCCAAUCUCAGCUCGUCCUCUCACACGCCUGCCUCCGUCGAGUAGUCACUACGAAGAAGACGACAAAGAGGAUGAGAGACAGAGCAAAUCGAGGAGUAUCAAUUACAUAGUGAGGAGACCUGGAACUGGAGUUGCUGGAGGUUUGUUGCAAUGGGGACAAAAGGAGAGAUCCAAGACGAAGAGGAAAGAUGGUGAGGAGAGGAGGAGGAGGAGGAAAGGAGCCAGAGCUGUAGCUUCUGAGAUUAGGUCUUUUGCUGAGAGAGUAAUGGUUAUGGAGAAGAAAAAGAUGGAGUUUGCUGAAGAGACAGUGAAGCUGCGUAAGGAGAUGGAGAUCAAACGGGUGAAAUUGAUUCAGAGUUCUCAAGCUCAGCUUCUUCGGUCUCUCAGUGCUGCCUUAGGUUCUUUCUAGCUAGUUUAAGACGGGUUAGUUAACCAGUUAAAAAAAGAUGUGACGUUGUUGUAAUAGUUUCAUCAUCUUCAUUUUAGAUUUGUAACAAACUUAAUCUAUUGUCAACAUGUUUAUGUAUGCAAUUAGGAAACCUGACAAAGAAUGUAAACAUUGUCAUAAACU